CGCCGGCGGGAUCGCUGGGACCUUCCCAGUAGCAUCCUUGAGCGCCGAAAGCCGCGGCAGCUGAGGGCUGCGGCGGCGCUGGAGUCCGGUGCGAGUGAACCACGGCUGACGUCUAAAGUACCUGGGACCCCGUCAGAGAGAAAUUUAAUUUUGCAUCUCGUAUAUAUGUGAACUUGCAGCGACUGGCUCAGCAUAGUGCAGAGGGCUCACUGACUGAGGCCAGCAGCUCCCAGGACCCAAGAGAGGCUGAGGGCUUGGCAAGAGACGGUCUCCCUAGGACAUCAUGCGGAGUGCCACCAAGCCCUGGAGUCCAGUUGCCAAAGCAGGCAGCCAUGGCCCUGAUCGCGCUCGGCCCCUUCCUGGGACCCCUUCCGGCAUGAAGAGUUCCAAGUCUUCAACCUCACUGGCCUUUGAAUCUCGGCUUAGUAAGCUCAAGAGAGCCAGCAGUGAGGACAUGCUCAACAAACCUGGAAGUGCCUCAGCAGGGGCCGCACGACUGAAGAAGACCUCCACCUCUGGAGCCAUCUCGGAGCUCACUGAGAGCCGCCUGAGAAGCAACACAGGGACUGUUCCAACAACCAAACGGACAGGCAUUCCAGCUCCUCGGGAACUCUCAGCAACUGUCUCAAGAGAGAGGUCUGUGCCACGAGGUCCCUCCAGCUCCAAGAAGUUGGGCUCUAGUCCAACUUCUUCCUGCACUCCCACUCCUACCAAGCACCUGAAGACCACCUCUGCAAAACCUAAGCAAGAGCACGAAGGCACAGAGAAGUCUAUACUCGAGUCCCAGGUUCGGGAACUUCUGGCAGAAGCCAAAACCAAAGACAGUGAAAUCAACAGGCUUCGAAGUGAACUAAAAAAAUGUAAAGAAAGGUGGGCCCUGAGCACUGAGGACGCCAAUGCAUCAGACCCAAGUGCAGAGGGAGCAUCAGCCCCAGUAGGUGACACAGAACCUUUGCUAAGAACCCUGGAGGAAAAGAAUAAGACCUUUCAGAAAGAACUUGCUGACCUAGAGGAAGAAAACCGGGCCUUAAAGGAGAAACUGACUUACCUUCAGCAGUCCCCAAAUUCAGAAGGGGCAGCAAGUCACACUGGUGACAGCAGCUGCCCAACAUCCAUAACCCACGAGUCCAGCUUCGGAAGCCCAGUUGGAAAUGAGUUGUCCAGCGAAACCGAUGAGUAUAGAAGAAGCACACAUGGAAGUGCAUUGCGGACAUCAGGGUCUUCAAGCAGUGAUGUCACUAAAGCCUCUCUGUCACCGGAUGCCUCAGAUUUUGAGCAUAUCACUACAGAUAUCCCAUCUCGGCCCCUGUCGGCCACCAGCAACUCUUUUAAGGGCUCCAAGUGCUCCCCUACUGGGAGUUCCCCAAACAAUGCAAGUGAGCUGUCCUUGGCAUCUCUAACUGAGAAGAUACAAAAGAUGGAGGAGAAUCAACACAGUACUGCUGAAGAGCUGCAGGCUACUUUGCAGGAAUUAUCAGACCAGCAGCAGAUGGUGCAGGAACUGACAGCUGAGAAUGAGAAGCUGGUGGAUGAGAAGACCAUUUUAGAGACCUCCUUCCACCAGCACCGCGAGAGGGCAGAACAGCUGAGUCAGGAAAAUGAGAAACUGAUCAACCUUUUACAAGAACGAGUGAAGAAUGAGGAGCCUAGUGCCCAAGGAGGAAAAAUCCUUGAGCUGGAGCAGAAAUGCACAGAUAUUCUUGAGAAGAGCCGCUUUGAAAGAGAGAAGCUGCUCAACAUUCAGCAGCAGUUGACCUGUAGCCUACGGAAGGUUGAGGAAGAAAACCAAGGAGCUAUAGACAUGAUUAAACACCUGAAGGAAGAAAAUGAGAAGCUGAAUGGGUUCCUAGAACACGAACGGUGUAAUAAUAGUGUGAUGGCUAAAACUCUGGAGGAAUGUAGAGUUACCUUGGAAGGCUUGAAAAUGGAGAAUGGGUCCUUGAAGGCUCAUUUGGAGGCUGAUAAGCAGAAGGCCGUAGAGGCCAGCAGUACUGUGGAACAGACAGCAGAGAACUUCGAGGUUCAGGAGAUGCUGAAAGUGGCUCGAGCUGAGAAAGAUCAGUUGCAACUGUCUUGCACGGAGCUCAGACAAGAAUUGCUAAAGGCAAAUGGUGAAAUUAAACAUGUUUCCAGCCUGCUAGCAAAGAUGGAAAAAGAUUACUCUUACCUGAAGGAGGUCUGUGAUCAUCAAGCAGAACAACUGAGCAGAACCAGCCUAAAAUUACAAGAGAAAGCUUCAGAGAAUGACGCAGAAAUCAAAGACAUGAAAGAAACCAUAUUUGAAUUGGAAGAUCAGGUGGAACAGCACCGUGCUGUCAAGUUACACAAUAAUCAGCUCAUCAGUGAGCUGGAAAGCAGUGUGAUCAAGCUGGAGGAGCAGAAGUCAGACCUAGAACGGCAAUUGAAGACCCUGACAAAACAGAUAAAGGAAGAAACUGAGGAGUGGAGGCGGUUCCAGGCAGACCUGCAGACUGCAGUGGUGGUGGCCAAUGACAUCAAGUGUGAGGCUCAACAGGAACUGCGCACUGUGAAGAGGAGAUUGCUGGAGGAGGAAGAGAAAAAUGCCAGGCUGCAGAAGGAGCUGGGGGACAUACAGGGGCAUAGCAGGCCUGUGAAUGAAGAGUCAGAGCCCUCAGAGGUCGAUGCUGCUGGCCGGUGGCAUGGAGUCUAUGUCAACAGAGCAUCUCCAGCCCCUUCAGACUCUGCAACCACUGUAAAGUCACUGAUCAAGUCAUUUGACGUAGGACACUCAGGUGCUUCUGGACAGAGUAUUUCUGUCCACAAGACUCCCAGAAGCCCUCUGAGUGGGAUCCCAGUGAGGACUGCUCCAGCAGCUGCUGUCUCUCCAAUGCAGAGACAUUCAACUUACAGCACUAUGCGGCCAGCCAGCAAAGGGAUGGCUCAGCGAUUGGAUCUGCCAGACCUGCCCCUCUCAGAUCUUCUGAAGGGAAGGGCUGAGGACCGGAAGUCAGACCCUUACCUCCGAAAGAGUCCCUCACUGGAGUCUCUGAGCAGACCUCCCUCCCUGGGCUUUGGGAACACCAGAUUGCUGAGUGCGUCCACCGGGGGUCUGAAACCAAGCAAGCUCAGUGUUGAAAGAAGAGACCCUCUGGCAGCCUUGGCCCGGGAGUAUGGUGGCUCUAAGCGUAACGCACUCCUGAAAUGGUGUCAGAAGAAGACAGAAGGUUAUGCGAACAUUGAUAUCACCAAUUUCAGCAGCAGCUGGAGUGAUGGGCUGGCCCUCUGUGCUCUGCUGCACACCUACCUGCCUGCCCACAUCCCAUACCAGGAGCUGAACAGUCAGGAGAAGAAAAGGAACCUCUUGUUGGCAUUUGAAGCAGCUGAAAGUGUAGGCAUCAAACCCAGCCUGGAACUCAGUGAGAUGCUGUACACGGACCGGCCUGACUGGCAGAGUGUGAUGCAGUAUGUAGCCCAGAUCUACAAGUACUUUGAGACAUAGACAGAAGACCCAGCGACAGCAGCUGCCACGUGGUCUGAAGUUAGUCCUGGAAGCACCUGCUCCUGUCCACCACACCUGCUGUGCCCACCACCUGGCCAUCUGGAUUUCCAAGGAAGGCUUAAGCCACGUGGACCAGCACUCCAUGGAGAGGCAGAGCUGGCUCCACCAUAUGCCCAUCUCAGAUGCAAACGUGUCUGGAGCCCAUGCUCAGGAAUCCUUGUUCCCAAUGGGAAGUUUCUAGAGAGGCAGGUCCUGCUUCUCACACACUGGGUCCCAAACCCAGGCCCUCUUCUGCGAGAUCCCAGAGUGUUGCUAGUCCAAUCCCAUUUGCUGCCCCCACGUGGCCUCCACGCUGACAAACGGCACUUCAACCGCCAUGUCUCCUCUUCUUCUCCCUCCUCCUUUACGAAACUGUUCUAGCUUUGCUUUAUUCAAAACUUUGUCCUUACCAGCUGCCUACUCCUCCAAUAAAACAACACCACAAAACAGAAAAACAAAAGCAGGUUUUGCUUCUUAGCAACCUGGAAACACACUGAUGAGGGAAAUAGUGUGCUCCGUUCUACAUAACUGAGAGCUUAGUGACACUGCAUAGAUCUCACCGUCCCUAUUUGACUCCUCAUAAGUAUAAAGAAACACUUAGGUACCUUGCUGAGGGUCCACUAGAGGCCAGCUGGCACGCUGAUUAACCACACAGCCUGGGUGCAACACUGGUGUCCUGGCUGAUGAGAACUGUGACCAUUGUCCACAGCACCUUCUGCCCUGCUGUUGAUAGUCCCAUUCACACACAUAUCUGCCCAACACAUAGAACUCAACACAAGUCUCUUCUGUGUGUGAAGCAGCCUGUGCUGGUGAGCUCCUUGCACACCUGCACAGUUCUGUAGACUGGGAGGUGCGUCCCUUGGAAUUCUGGGUGGACAGAAAUAUAAACCAUGCUUUGGCUGCAAACAUACUUGGUCCUUGGUACUUGUUGGGCCUUUUACAUUUGCCUAAUGUUUUAGGAGUGGUGAUGGUGGCUCUGUCCCCUGAUACCUGCUGGUUCUCUGAGGCAGCAUGGCCCCUCCCUGAGUGCUCUGGCUUGAGUGCUAUAGACCAGCAGUUCCCAACUUUCCUAAUGCUAGGAGUUCCUCAUGCAGUGACCCCCAACCAUAAAAUAGUCUCAUUGCUAGUUCAUAACUGUAACUUUGCAACUGUUAUGAAUCAUGAUGUAAAUAUCUGAUAUGCAGGAUAUCUGCUAUGCAACCCCCCCAAAAAAGGGUCCCCAAACCACAGGUUGAAACCACUGCUCUAGAAGCUUUUUUGCUGUUUUUCUUGAACAAACAAAUGUGUACUUCUUAGCAAAUGAGGGUGUCCCUCUCUCAGACAGUUGUGUGCGCACAAAUACCCAUUACUGUUCUAAGUGCCAAAUAGCCGUGUGCUGGUCCUUUGACCAAGGACCAUGCUCACAGCAACCCCUGAGAAUGACCGCCAUAGUUACAGUGAAUCUCUGCCUGCUUGUCUGAGCCACUCUGCUGGCCCAGCCCCUACCCUUGGAGGACCUGAAUUCUGACCCUCCCUCCAGUCCAUCACUCGGAUGGGUGGCAGCCGGGUGCAGCAGCGCUGAUUCUCAAGCUAGUGUAGACUCAUGGGGGCCACAGACUCCACCUUCGGGCUCUAUCUGUAGUUCUUGGCUGUAGCUCCAUACAGAUCCCUGGGACUCCUCUAGGAGCUGCAUUCCUGACCCUCGGAUAGGUGAGUUAGAAUAACUGGAGCGGAGCAGAGAUGGAGUCUUCACAUGCUCACAGUUCUCCAGCACUGAUGGGCAGCCAUGCAGAGGGGUACGACACUACUUGCCCCUUGUCCUCUCCACAAGAGCUGCUGAAACAGGCCCCCUUCAUCUCCAGGUGGAAGUUGAGGGCUGAUGAACGUGUCCCUCUGAAAGCUGGUGCUUGGGCUCCCUCCCGCCCCUGUUGUGUUGACAUUAUUGAUGAUGUGCCCCUCCCACUCUCCAGGUGUCUGCUUUGUCCAGCCUGGACAGGGGAAGAAGUGCUGCCCAAUUCCGCUAGGUUUCCUCAGGGGUGAUCUCGGGAGCUGUGUAGGGGAGGCUACAGUUAAGGCACGGGAGUUUGGUUUGUCUCUGGCUGUUGUCAGGGUGCUGUCUAGGAAUCUGGGGGCUCUUGGCAGAGCAAUCUCCGUGCUGGUCUCCGACGCCUUAUAGCUUCCCUGUAAGUAGAGGGACUUUGGGGCCGCAGGCUGCUGCGGACCUGCCAGCCGCAUCUGUUCUUGUCUGUGUUCUCCUCGGGGGUUUCCCUGACUGCUACAGCCCUUGCCAGGGUGUAGAAGAGGAAUGGCACGCCUCUCAAUAGAAGCAGGUACGGCCGGUGAUGGGGGCGGGGCAGAGGACUGACAGAGCUCCAGUUUUCCGUCAAGGUGCCACACUACUGCAUGUGGGGGUACAGGGUCUGGGAAGAGUUCCCGGGUGUAAAAAUGAAUGUGGAAAACUGACCAGCUAAGAACAGAAGCAUGGGAGGGCUUGCCUUUUCUUGAGUGUUUUUUUUGGGGGGGUUGUUGUUAUUUGUGUUGGCUUUGGUUUUUGGUUUUGUUAUUGUUGUUUGUUUUGCUUUGUUUUGGGUUUUAUGAAACAGGAUCUCAUGUAGUCCAAGCUGGCCUUGAACUCAUGGUAUUGCUGCCUCCUGGGUGCUGAGAUUAGAUACCAUACCCCCUUUGGUGCUUUGUUCUUGCUUCUUUCUUUGCUUUGCAAACUAUCAUUCAGAGGCCAUUGGAGGCCUCCAUAGCCACAUUCUUUCCAGAUACCCUCGGCUAAGCACAAAGAGAGCUGCAAAAUGCAAGACCCUGAGAAGUUAAGGCAUGUAGAGAAGUCUGUGGUUCUCUGCACUGAGUGGUAUCUGAACUGAUGGUGGAUGACAGUGCUGAGGACACUGCCCACAGUGACAGUAUUCCAAGGACCAUCCUCUUCCUGUCCCUUCUCACUUCAGCAUCCACGCCUGUCCUGACCUCAUUCUUCGUGCAGUUGUUCUCAUCUUCUGUAGACCACCCACCAUACAAGCCGUGGCUAGAAAUUGAAAUUCAUGUCCUGCUGAACACAGUGCCACUGCCUGUGGCUCCAGCUGUUCUGGAGCUGGAGACGGGAGACCCUGUUGAGCCUGGGAAUUUGGGACCCUGAGAGGGUGUGGGGCUAUCCCAAAGCAAUCAGCCAUCAGCAAUAAGUAUCGACCAUACUGUCAUCUUGUCUCUCAUGAGCACCAGCCGCAUGCCAGUCUCUGACCUAUCUCUCCCCUGCAACCUGUCAACUGGUCGAUGAAAAUGGAGAGCUGAGACCCUUAGGGACAAACCCACUCACCAAGCCCAGUAGUUCCUAUUCCAGUUUGAGAUGCCUUCCCACUGACACAAAUGAAAGUGAGAACCCCAGCCAAUUGAAGAGAACUAUCUCCAGUGUCUCCUGAAACCCCUGGGCACCUAGUUCCUCUGACUGAGGUUGGAGUUUUGACUGGAACACCUUGAGUAGCUCAAUGACUUUAACUACAUUAGUUGAAUGCGCUCAACACAUUUGUAGCACCAAGCACUGCCCAGAUGGGACAUACUGUCAGAGGUUGGUGCGGCUCCGAAGGGUAAGGUGUGCCACCGUGUACUAUUUCUAAUAAAUAUAUUUUGUUUCUA